AUGGUAGUGUUCCUAUUACCUAAUAGCAUAAUCACUGUAAUUGUCAACACUGAGACUCUGGUGAAUCAAUCCACCAGUUCUGUCAACUACUACUGCCUUUUUGACUUGGAUAUUAGUAAUUUAAAAAAAUAUUUUGCCAUAACUUUUUGGCCCAAAAUAACCCCCAAAGGGAAGCCCGUUUCACAAAAAUCUCAGUCCAAAACAACCCCCAAAAGAAAGCCCGUUUCACGAAAACCUCAGUCCAAAACAACCCCCAAAGGGAAACCCGUUUCACCAAAAUCUCAGCCCAAAACAGCUCCCAAAGGGAAGCCUGUUUUACUAAAACCUAGGCCCAAAAUAACCCCCAAAGGGAAGCCCGUUUCACAAAAACCUCAGUCCAAAACAACCCCCAAAAGAAAACUCGUUUCACAAAAACCUCAGUCCAAAACAACCCCCAAAAGGAAGCCCGUUUCACGAAAACCUUGGCCCAAAACAGCUCCCAAAGGGAAAUCCGUUUCACGAAAACCUCAAUUCAAAACAACCCCCAAAGGGAAACCUGUUUCACGAAAACCUCAGCCCAAAACAACCCCCAAAGGGAAACCCAUUUCCCAAAAACCUCGACCCCAGACUGUCCCCAAAGGGAAACCCGUUUCACCAAAAUAUCAGCCCAAAACAACCCCCAAAGGGAAACCUGUUUCACAAAAGCAGUCCAAAACAACCCCCAAAGGGAAGCCCAUUUCACGAAAACCGAAGCCCAAAAUAACCCCCAAAGGGAAACCCGGUUCACCAAAACCGAAGCCCAAAACAACCCCCAAAGGGAAACUCAUUUCACGAAAACCUCGGCCCAAAACAGCCCCCAAAGGGAAACCCAUUUCACCAAAAUCUCAGCCCAAAACAGCUCCCAAAGGAAAACUUGUUUCACGAAAACCUCGGCCCAAAACAACCCCCAAAGGGAAGCCCAUUUCACGAAAACCUCAGUCCAAAACAACCCCCAAAAGAAAACUCAUUUCACAAAAACCUCAGUCCAAAACAACCCCCAAAGGGAAACCCGUUUCACCAAAAUCUCAGCCCAAAACAGCUCCCAAAGGGAAGCCUGUUUUACUAAAACCUAGGCCCAAAAUAACCCCCAAAGGGAAGCCCGUUUCACAAAAACCUCAGUCCAAAACAACCCCCAAAAGAAAGCCCAUUUCACGAAAACCUCAGUCCAAAACAACCCCCAAAGGGAAACCCGUUUCACCAAAAUCUCAGCCCAAAACAGCUCCCAAAGGGAAGCCUGUUUCACGAAAAACUCGGCCCAAAACAGUCCCCAAAGGGAAACCCAUUUCCCAAAAACCUCAACCCCAGACUGUCCCCAAGGGGAAACCCGUUUCACCAAAAUCUCAGCCCAAAACAACCCCCAAAAGGAAGCCCGUUUCACGAAAACCUUGGCCCAAAACAGCUCCCAAAGGGAAAUCCGUUUCACGAAAACCUCAAUUCAAAACAACCCCCAAAGGGAAACCUGUUUCACGAAAACCUCAGCCCAAAACAACCCCCAAAGGGAAACCCAUUUCCCAAAAACCUCGACCCCAGACUGUCCCCAAAGAGAAACCCGUUUCACCAAAAUCUCCAUGUAAAAAGCAUCCCCAAAAAGGACCUUUUCAUAGACAUACUCCAGGAUCAUCAAAAAAUCCUUUUCCAAAGAAACCACCACCCAAAAAAUGUCCCAAACACAGACCUUAUCCCCAAAAGCCUCCCAAAAAAGUUCCUCAGAAACCUCGACCUGGUUCACAUCAUGGUGGUCCUCAUUCACCUAAGCCACAGAGACCUGGCCACCAUCAUUGUAAGCCAAAUCCGCAUGGUCACCACAGGCCUAAGCCAACAACCAAACCUCACACCACUGGUACCAAACAAACACCCCCAACUACAGAGGAACCCAGAAACCCCAUCUCUACCAUCAGCAUUAAACCUACUACCACCAAAACCACCUCUUCCCCUACUGAAAGCCCCACUCCUGAAGUCAACCCUGCUAUCCCAACAUCUGCUCCACUUACAUCCAUUGAACCUACACCCGUUGCCGUUACUACCUCCAGUACCACUUCUGCCAUCGACACCUCAUCAACUACUUCUACUGCUUCUGCAACAUCGAUGGCCACAUCUGGGAUUGUCACCACUGGCUUCUCCAAUCUGCCAGCUUCUUCUACUCCAGGCCCCUCCAGAACUACUUCUACCCCUUCCACAACAACUACCAUUUCUGUCACCACUCCCGUGAGACCCACUUCUACAGCCACUAACAAAUCUGUUUCCUCUACAACAGUACCUGUUACUACUGUAUCUUCCACUUCUACAUCUGCUCCCACCAGUAUGACUUCUGCUGCCUUAACCACAACAAAAGGGACUACAUCUCCUGCCUCUACCACAACUACCUCUUCUACUCCUUCUACCACCAUCCCUCUAUCCACCACCUCUGUCCCUAGUACCAUGGCUAAUGCUUCCACCACUCUUGCCACCACAGGGUCCACAGUUGCUGUCUCUAACACAACAAUGGCAGGCACCCAAAUUGCAACCACUAACACAACAACUUCUUCUAUAGUUAGGACCACAUCUGCCCCUACCACACAAGCUGCAACUACCACUUCUGCCUCCUUGACCACUACACCUGCAUUUAUUAACACUACUUCUACUGGAACUACUCCUGCUGCCUCCUCAGUCACACCUUCUAACAUAUCAAUGGUUAUGAAUAUCACCUCUACGACUAUUGCUCAACCUACAACCAAAUCCAUUCUCUCAUCUGCUCCUUCCACCACAAUCACUCCUGACACAACUGCUUCUGUUAACACAACCACAUCUGGUGAGACAUCAAUCACACCUGAGAUUACAACCACUGAUGAUACUGUCCCCCCUGAUACAACCUUUGAUGAUUCCACCACCCCUGGUGAAAACACUGAGCCUACCAUUGUGACUGAGACCUCUUCCCCUACUGAAAGUCCCACUCCUGAAGUCAGCACUGCCAUCCCAACCUCUGCUCCACUUACAUCCAUUGAACCUACACCUACUGCCCUUACUACCUCCAGUACCAUUUCUGCCAUCAACACCUCAUCAACUACUUCUACUGCUUCUGCAACAUCUAUGGCCACAUCUGGGAAUGUCACCACUGGCUUCUCCAAUCUGUCAGCUUCUUCUACCCCAGCCCCCACUUCUGUUAACACAACCACAUUUGGUGAGACAUCAAUCACACCUGAGCUUACAACAGGUAGGGAUACUUCAUCUUCUGUUUCUACCACAAUUGUGGCAACUACUUCUUCUGUUCCUUCUACCACCAUCCCUCUAUCCACCACCUCUGUCCCUCGUACCAUGGCUAAUACUUCCACCACUAUUGCCACUUCUACUCCUUCCACAACAACUACCAUUUCUGUCACCACUCCUGUGAGACCCACUUCUCCAGCCACUAACAAAUCUGUUUCCUCUACAUCAGUACCUGUUACCACUGUAUCUUCCACUUCUACAUCUGCUCCCACCAGUAUGACUUCUGCUGCCUUAACCACAACAAAAGGGACUACAUCUCCUGCCUCUACCACAACUACCUCUUCUACUCCUUCUACCACCAUCCCUCUAUCCACCACCUCUGUCCCUAGUACCAUGGCUAAUGCUUCCACCACUAUUGCCACCAGAGGGUCCACAGUUGCUGUCUCUAACACAACAAUGGCAGGCACCCAAAUUGCAACCACUAACACAACAACUUCUUCUAUAGUUAGGACCACAUCUGCCCCUACCACACAAGCUGCAAUUACCACUUCUGCCUCCUUGACCACUACACCUGCAUUUACUAACACUACUUCUACUGGAACUACUCCUGCUGCCUCCUCAGUCACACCUUCUAACAUAUCAAUGGUUAUGAAUAUCACCUCUACGACUAUUGCUCAACCUACAACCAAAUCCAUUCUCUCAUCUGCUCCUUCCACCACAAUCACUCCUGACACAACUGCUUCUGUUAACACAACCACAUCUGGUGAGACAUCAAUCACACCUGAGAUUACAACCACUGAUGAUACUGUCCCCCCUGAUACAACCUUUGAUGAUUCCACCACCCCUGGUGAAAACACUGAGCCUACCACUGUGACUGAGACCUCUUCCCCUACUGAAAGUCCCACUCCUGAAGUCAGCACUGCCAUCCCAACCUCUGCUCCACUUACAUCCAUUGAACCUACACCUGCUGCCCUUACUACCUCCAGUACCAUUUCUGCCAUCAACACCUCAUCAACUACUUCUACUGCUUCUGCAACAUCUAUGGCCACAUCUGGGAAUGUCACCACUGGCUUUUCCAAUCUGUCAGCUUCUUCUACCCCAGCCCCCACUUCUGUUAACACAACCACGUCUGGUGAGACAUCAAUCACACCUGAGCUUACAACAGGUAGAGAUACUUCAUCUUCUGCCUCUACAAUUGUGGCAACUACUUCUUCUGCUACUUCUAUCACCAAUCCUCUAUCUACCACCUCUGUCCCUAGUACCAUGGCUAAUGCUUCCACCAUUAUUUCCACUUCUACCCCUUCCACAUCAACUACCAUUUCUGUCACCACUCCCGUGAGACCAACUUCUACAACCAUUAACAAAUCUGUUUCUUCUACAACAGUACCUGUUACUACUGUUUCUUCCACUUCUACAUCUGCUCCCAACAGUAUGACUUCUGCUGCCUUAACCACAACAAAAGGGACUACAUCUCCUGCCUCUACCACAACUAUCUCUUCUACUCCUUCUACCACAAUCCCUCUAUCCACCACCUCUGUCCCUAGUAUCAUGGCUAAUGCUUCCACCACUAUUGCCACUUCUACCCCUUCCACAUCAACUACCAUUUCUGUCACUACUCCCGUGAGACCCACUUUUACAACCAUUAACAAAUCUGUUUCCUCUACAACAGUACCUGUUACCACUGUAUCUUCCACUUCUACAUCUGCUCCCAACAGCAUGACUUCUGCAGCCUUGAAUACAACUGAGGGCACUACGUCUUCUGCCUCUACCACAACUGUGGCAACUAUCCCCUUUGCCACUUCUACCAUCAUGCCUCUAUCAAUCACAUCUGUUUCUACUACUUCACCUAUUAUUUCUACCACUGUUGCCACUGAAUCCAUUUCCUCUACUUCUAUUCCUACCACACAAGAUGCCAUUAUUACUUCUGCUUCUUCAACCACUACAUCUGCUUCCAAUAACACUUCUCCUGUGGUAACUACCUCUAUUGCCACUAGCACCAUUGCUUCUGACACUACCACAUUUCCUUCUUCUACUACAGUAUCUGUGAUCAUCACAUCUACAGCUAGCACUUCUGUCCCAACCACACCAGCACCCACUGAUUCUCCAUCUUCUUCAGAAACCCCUGUAUCUUCUACUAGUGUCAGCCUUGAAACCUCUUCUUCUGCUGACUUUUCAUCCAUUUCCCCUAUCUCUGAGUCUAUCACUCCCACUGACACAACUGAUCCAAUGACCACCAGUGACGCAUUGACCACUGAUGAUAGAAUGACCACUUAAAUGACUACCACCGAGUAAAUGCCCAUACGUGAAUAAAACACUGUGAUCACUACUUAGGAAAUCAUCACCACUGAGAAAUAUGAAAUUACUUUUCUAGGGAAACAAGCACUGAUUAAAUUGUCAUCACCACUUAUUUCAUCACAUCUAAUGUUAAUUAGUAUGAAGUUCCCAGUACCCAUUAGGAAGGAAGAAAGAGGGUCUUGGUGAGGAGAUACAAAAUAAUGCAACCUGAAUUCAAGGAAAAAAUCAAUAUGACUCUAACUGAUUAGCUACAAUUAUUAAUAAUUAGUGAUAAUUAGUUAAGUAUUGUUACUUAAAUAACUUUCAUAGUUCAGUCAUCAUGCCAAUAAAGUUACUUUCUUGUAAAUUUA